UCAUGCACUUUUAACCGUUUAUCCAAUUGUAACACUUGUCAAAUCAGAGUGGGUAUAGUGUGCAAGUUAUUGCUAUCAAUGAACAUUUGUCUGCUGAACUUGUCUGCUGCCAGUAUCUCAUUAGUGUAAAUAUGUGUGUGGUGUCUAUCACGAUGUAUUGUCCUAAAAAGAUGUUCAAUCGGUCAGACUGUUGUCAAGAUGCACCUCAGGAUAGAUAAAACGAUUGGUGAAGGUCGCAAAGUAGAACUUGUAAUUGUGCGCACAACGUAUUACGAGUGUCAGGUUCCCCUUGGUUUGACAUCAAUUACACAGCAUCAAAUAUGCAGCAGUUCGAUGACAUUUUGCUGAAAAUUGGUCAAAUUGGCUGGUACCAAUUUGCUCUCGCUUUGUUAAUCAGUCUCCAUGAAGUUAACUCUUGCUGGUCUAUGUUGGUCUUGAUCUUCAUUGGAGCUGAUCCGGGGUGGACAUGCAGUGAAAACGUACAGAAUGGAAAUACUACCACGAGUGGGCCACAAUUGUUUUCUACACUGAAAACACUAGAUAUUAGCAAUGGGUCGGACACCUUCUCCGCAGAAAAUAACAGUCAGUGUGGCAUGUGCAGCAACUAUGAUUUCAACACAGAAUUUACAUCAAUUGUCACCGAGUGGGACUUGGUAUGCGAUAAUGAUUUCAUCAGUGACACCAUCUCCUCCCUGCAGAUGGCGGGAGUGCUCGCGGGAUGUUUGCUGUUUGGCCAGAUUGGUGAUACGUUAGGAAGAAAAAAGGCCUACUUCGCUGCCAUACUUCUGACCAGUUCGAUGGCUCUGGGCCAAUACUUUACCACUGCGUGGUACCAGUUUGCUGUACUGCGCUUCUUUAACGGUAUUGGAAUAGGAGGGUGUUUAGUCACAGGUUUCACCUGGAGCAUUGAGUUUUUGGGUCCCAAAUACCGCCCCGUGGUGAUAGUUCUGGGAAUCUGGCCAAUGGCUUCUUUGAUUUUCCUGGCAAUCGCUUACUUCAUUCGUGACUGGAGGACUGUUCAACUGAUCACGCCCUUCCCUGGAUUCUUGCUGCUUGGAACUUGGUGGGUUCUCCCAGAGAGCCCCCGGUGGCUGUUGUCAAGAGGACGGUACGAUGAGGUCGUCACCAUAGCAACGAGGAUAGCCAAAAGAAACAAUAAGAAACUCCCUGACAUGGACUUAUUUAUAAAACAACAUGAAAAAGAAAGGGCAAUGGAAAACCAUGAGACUAGAUUUGGCUUUUGGGAUCUUUUCCGUUCACCGGACUUAACCGUGGUUACGCUGAAGAAUAUGUUUGUUUGGUUCAGUAUGAGUUUGUUCAACUAUGGGGUGUUUUUCAACUUGAAAAAUUUACCUGGAGACAGAUACACAAACAUGGCUAUUAACUUUGGUGUCUCCUAUGCAUCGGCAGUGAUAAGUUACCUUUCUCUGAGAAGAUUUGGGCGAAGGAUAAUCACCACAGUGGGUUUAUUCUUUGGAUUCAUCUGCGUGAUACCAAUUUUCACACUUUUCCUAUUAGGUCUGUAUGCCCAGUUAUGGUUAGUUAUAUCCAUCUUGACCUCUUUGGCCACCACGGCUGUGAGCGUAGGCUGGUAUGCCCUGUAUAUACUGACUUCAGAGCAAUACCCGACACCGAUAAGAAAUAUAGGCCUAGGAUUUUCUUCAAUGACAGCAAGGAUUGCCGCCAUAUUAGCCCCCCUGAUGGCAUACCUGACAAAAUACUGGGAUGCGUUUCCCUUCGUUUUGAGCGGAACAUUUGCACUUCUCUCUGGUGUGGUGACGAUAUUCAUGGAGGAAACACGUGACAAACCCCUGGAAGACACAGUUCCGGAGAAACAGUGGUGUUUUUGUGGACAGCAGAAAGUGGAUGUCGGUGUGAAAACUGAUAACGAUAUUUCACUCAACGACAUAGGUGCAAAUUACAUAUAAACUUUGAUUUGAGCUAUCUUAGGAGUGCGCCUUUGUUUAUUCAAUAGCCUUUUUUCUUUCUUCUAUUUUUAUUUUUAUCAAAUGUAUGCUACCAAGACGAAUCUAAAAGUUUAACGAGAAGAGGAAAUGUUACUUUUUCCUUUUUUUGAAACUCUGACAAUUCAAACCGCUGUAAAUUGAAAUGGUCUGAAACCUUAUUUAUAAGAGAGGAACAUGAUUUGACAUGAGUGAAGAAAAAAUAAUGGAGUGGCGAUUUACUACAUAACAAAAUACAAU